AUGAAUGAGCAUGGCGGGGAAAUGAAGGAACAUCGAGGGCCCGUUAAAGGCCAACUUCCAGGGAGUUCCAGAAGUGCAGAAGAUAAGGUUGGAGGAAGUGAUGAGGAAGGUUGGUCAGAGAUCGCAAAGGUUGUAUGAGGUGGUCAUGGUUAAUAUAAUUGUUGCUACGAGGGUUUGAAGUUUGCUUGUGUAUAUUGUAUAGUGAUAAAGAGAGCUUGCAAUGAGCUUUAGAAGAUUUGGAGAUCAUCAAUUACCAGCAAAUUGUGGUGAUCAGAGCUAUACGAUCUUAAAGUGAACAUCAGUUGUUGUUCUUGCUGUAUUUGUCAUUGUUUUCAAAAUAGCUUACAUAUCUUAACAUUCAGCUUGAAGACUUUUAUUCAUGAGCCUCAUUGCCCUAUUCACUUCCUCAAUUUUCCCGUCCAACUUUCGGAAAUUAAGUUGGCAAUGAAGCUGAUUAAAUAUUCAGCGCCCCUCGGAAUUACUGGUCUAGAACCAACCACAAUGUAUUUUCAUUCAGAAGUCGUGACGUAGAAAAGAUAUCCACAUCAAAACCAUCCUAAGUAAGUUAUUUCGCCUUUUUCAAGGGUUUAACCGAUUUAAAAAAAUUAGAAUUCUUGGGAAAUUUUACAUAAUUAGUGUUGCAACUCCUAUGUAAUCUUGCACAAAAUCCAAGUGCAGCAUAAGGAGUAGCAUUUGGAGGGUAAUCACUUUAUCCGAGCCCUCCUUUGUGGCCUCGGGGGGUUCGUCCCCGUCCUUCCGCAAAUUAUUUUCGGAAAGAGAAAAGAAAAAAGAAGAAAACAACGGAACGAAGAGGAGGAAAAACAUUUACAAGCUCAGUAGAAAUGCUCUCCUGCUGAGGAAUUUGUAUAGAAUGCGACAAAAGUAGAAACAAUAGUAAAAAAUAGGUUUCACCACGAAAGCUGAACAUUUGGCCUUAUGUUUUAGGAUGUUGGAAAGGACGAAAAUGGAAAAAAAGAUAAUAGGUACAUAUUCAUCAACAUUACUUUUGUAAAUUUCGAUUAUGUUAGGGAAAUAUCGGUUUCACCACGAAAACCUGAAAAUCUUGGCAUUGUGUUUUGAUCCAUGUAAAAGGAGGUUUAAUGCUGUACAGCUCUUAAAAACUUAUUGUAGACGUCAAUUUCUUGUGUACUUGAAGUUACAAGUAUUUUGAAAAGUCAAAAAAUGGUCUCACAACGAAAACAAAACAUUUUGGCAUUCCGCCAAAUUUACUACAAAAUGAGGACUCUUGAAUUAGUGUUGUACAAAGAAGAGACAAACGUUGAUUUGAGAGGCAUUCAACGAUAUUCCCAAUAACCAAAAAACAAACCUGGGUCCCACCACGAAAUCCUCCAAAUUCAAAAUAACUCCAAGAACCACCUCAAAAUUGCGCAGAGAGAGCUCCCAAAAAGAAUUCCAGCCAAAAAUGACUUCUGGAUGAAUUGCCCGAUGGAAAUUUUUGAUACUAAUUUUCUCGGGCAGAGCCGUAAAAAUUUUUUAUAAAUGGGACUUUCAUUUGAGAUGAAAACCCACCGCGAGAAAACAAUGUAGCCAGUGUGAGGUCUAAAGUACGAACGAAGAAGUUGAAAGAUUAGAAAAAUUAAUUCGAAAAAUUUGACAAUUCAGGAGAAAUUGAGAAAAUUAGAAUAUUUUGGCAUUCUGUUGCAAGAAGUCACAUUCAAAAAAAAAUAAUAAAAAAUAGUUUUAUUGAAUGCAGAAUAGAGUAUAUAUUCACGUUUUCUAGAAAAUUACAAACAUAAAAAUUUAAAUUUUCACUUUCCCGCCAAUUUUUUAAAAGUUUUGGCAUUGUGUUUCAAUGUUUAAAAAAUGGGUAUCAUAAAGAAUUUUGCAAUACUGACAUUGUUUUCAGACGUCUAGUAUCCUAUUUUAAAAGUUUUUAAAAUAUAUAAAAUUCAAAUUUCGAUUUUCCCGCCAAAUUUUUCAACUUUUUUGGCAUUGUGUUUCAAGUUGAUAAAACCCUCAAAAGGUGAAGACAAUCUAUGUAGUAGGUGUAAACACAAAGAAAAAAUGGUUUUUUUUUUAUACUCACUUUUCUGCGCGACUCGUCGAAAUCACAAAACGGAUAUUCGAUGGUGGUGAAGGACAUGUUGGCCGAACAAAUCGACGACAUCAACGACGAAAAAACACAGCAAUUAGCAACAUGUUAGCGCCCAACAAAUUCCCUCGAGGCAAACUUGGUCUUUCAAGGGAGAGUAAAAUUUAUAUCAAGCCGAAUAUCAGGGGCCAAGUGUAAUAUAAAAAGCGGUCCAAGUCGGGGUUUCGCCGGCGAAAUCGGAUAUAAAACUCCUUCCGCUAUGUAAUUACACCUAUUUGAGGAAAGAGGGUGAUGUCGUGUCUCCGAUUCAAUGGGCUUGGUUCAGGUGGAUAAGGUGAAGAAAUCUCGGAAAUUGGGUCGAAUUGGAGGCCAGGCCCAAUUAGACACCCGAUUCAGGAGAAAUAUGGGGGUUACAUGUAAAAGGCAUGUCAUGGACAAAUUGUAG